AGGUCCUGAAUAGGAACCAAAGUGGGAUGACACGUGAAAAUAAGCUAUGUCAAGCGAUUGUUCUCUAUGCCAAUGGAGACAAGGCAAAUAAAUCAUUUGGAUUGAUGCAUUGCUUUAAUAAGUUGGAAGACACCGAGAAGUGGAAAUCUCGGCCCCAGAAAAAACAGAAGACAUCCUCCUUGGAUACUCCUAAUUCAUCAUCUGCUAGUUUGUUUGAGGAUGAAGCUACAUCUCCCUCUAAAGUUGUCCCCAAGAAAAGGCCACCUGGAAUCAAGAGGGCUAAAGAUGCAGCAUGGCGGGCUCAAAGUUCUUCCAGUACAGUUAAUAGUAGUGCCAUGGAAUCAUUUGGGGGUAUCUUGGAGACAAGGGAGUCAAAAAGACAAGAGCGAUUUGAGCUCAUGAUUGCAAUGGACAAACAGAGAGAAGAAGAUAGGUUGGUAGAAGAAAGAAAGAAACUUGCAAUACAAGAAAAAAAGAUGGAAUUAGAAGAAGAAAAGAUACGAAUCAUGAGAAUGGCGGAAGAACGCAUGAUGGGGGCCGAAGAAAGCAAAAUAAUGAGCAUGGACCUUAGUGGCAUGGAUGAGCAAGAACAAGAAUUCUACAAAUUAAGGAAGAGCCAGAUCAUCAACCGACAUCGUAACUCGUCGGCUUGAGCUAUGUGUU